AUGUCCACGAAUACAAACAAGUAUGUUGAGCUAUUUCGCUCAUUAAGAGAAAAAGAGAAAUACGGAUCCAUUGCUAUUGUCGUUAUUACAGUUUUCUCAAAGGUUAUCACAGAAUCAAAGAGCAAAACAAUCAGUGGUCUUGUACAAGAAUUCAACGAAGUUGCUAAGUUGAUCGAAGAUUCUUUCCCAGAUCUUCCUUUCCAAUUCAAAGCCGCUGCACAAAUGUACAAAGCUGCUAUCAGAUCUACAAAAGAAAAUGAUAUGUCUAAAUGGCUUUCAUCUUUUCAUGCAAAUGCUCAAAUUCAACUUGAUGUAGCUCGUAAAGCUCUUGAAACAAUUCCAUAUCACGUUCAUCCAUUUUUACAGCAUGGUAUGACAAUCAUGACAAGAGGUUACGAUCCACUCGUUUUGAAAUGCCUUUCUGAUAGAAGUGAUAUCCAAUUCCACAUUUUCAUUGCUGAAGGUGCACCAGAAAAGGAAGGUUUGCUUCUUGCAAACGAAUUAGCGCGAACAACCAAACACCAGAUUACUUUAAUCCCAGAUUCAGCCAUUGGUGCAUGCAUGCAUACAACAAACAUCGUUUUAAUCGGAACAGAAAUUGUUUUAGAUGAUGGCUCCCUUCUUGCUCCUGUUGGAACAUAUACGAUGGCAGCUCUUGCUUCUAUAUCACGCCGCCCAGUUUACUGCGUUUGCGACUCUUUCAGAUUCUAUCGUUACGAAGAUUUCAUCCUUAAUCCAAACGAUCUCGGCGAUUUACAAAGAAAAGUCAAGUAUCAGCCAGAGGGCACAUUUGACGAGAAUAUCCGCUUCUAUAACGAUAAAUACGAUUUGACUCCAGCUAAAUACGUUCAGAUGUUAGUUACAGAAAAGGGACCUUUGCCAACCUCUGAUGUAACUCACGAAUUGACCAAGCUCCUUGGUUUCAAGACUUUCAAGAACGAUUAA